UCUAAAAGUUUAAAACGUAAAAGUUUAAAAGAAAUAUGAGGUUUGUUCCCUUGAAAACUUACUAGAGCAGUUGGUGGAUGCAAGGAUUGACACACAAUGCCAAUUGAUUAGUCCAUUGAUUUGUCUAGUGUUAAUGCUGCUCGUUUCAACAGCUACUAUGAAGAGAACCUUUUCAACAAUGAAAUAUGUGAGAACUGGUUUGCUCAAUAAAAUGAGCGAUGAAUUUCUUGCCGAUUGCUCAAGUAUUUUAUUUGAAAUAAUGUAUACUAUUGGUAUGGAUGUAGGCUCCAUUAUUGAUGCAUCACUAAAUUAAAAUACCGUCGUGUACAAUUUACAUUGGAAAAAAACUAUAAUCAUUAUGUUUUUUUACUAUUCAAUUUUCUAAUAAAACUCGGCCCAGUGCUCUUCUAUGUUCUGGAUCCGCCGCUGGUCUUAAUGGUGUCGUAAUGGAAGUGGAGAAAGAAGGAAAGGAAAAGGGAAAGAGAGAAGGAUUAAAAUAUUAAAAUAUUUUUAAUGAAUGUGUUAGUAUGAUACUAAGGGUGUUAGCACCCUAUCCACUCUCGUCGAACCGGCGGUUAAGGCCUCCAUUCGAACUGAAAUAUGGCUGGUUGACUCGGACUGCUGCUGUCUUACUGCUGGAAUCCAUGACUUCUUCAUAAAUAAAUAAAUAAAAGGAAAAGAAAGCCAGAUUACCGCUCGCGUGUCGCGUUUGACAAUCAACCACGGUUGGAAAACUAAAAAUAAAAUUCACCCGACCGGCCCCACAUCUUCUCUUUCUUUCAAUAGUACUCAGCUUAGCUUGCUUCAUCACUAUUUGUAUUCACUGCCCGCCUCCGUAGUCCUCCUCCUUCCUUCCCCCACACAAAAUCCGCGCAUUCUUCCGUUCCGCCUCCACCCUUUCUCUCUCGUCUCUGCCUAGCCGACCCGACCUUUCUCCACAGCUUCCAUUUCUUUUUUUUUCUUCUUUUCCCCGUUUACUCUCUGCACUCACUCCAUCACUCUCUUAGCUGUGAUUUUAAUCGUCCCUUCUCUCUCUCUCUCUCUCUGACUUCCCCUGGUUCCCGCGCCUUUAAUUUGUCGGCAGGACUCUACCGGCACCAUUCCCGCAUUCGUCUCUUCCCUCUCUCACUCCCCCCAGCUCCCUUCCCUUCCGCAUGUUACGCCGCUCUACCUCGCUCUUUCAGGUGAUCAACGCAACUUCAUGCAUUACCUGAUUCGCUUCACCGGAGCCGAAUUCCGCCUCGCCACCGGAGCUUGCUUUUCCCUUCCCCUGUUUGUUUGUUUGUUCGUUCUUGCUGUGUCUUUUUCUUGCGUUCUUACUGUUUUUUUUUUUUUUUUGUUUCUAUUGCGGCAGAUGCGGCGCGCGUGAGAAGCAAAACUUGCGGGCCAUGGAGAGUCAAAGUAAAGGCUGGUUGUGGCGGAAGAAAUCCGGCGAGAAACCGAGCGCCGCUGCUGCUGAAAAGUCGGGCCUCCCUCUCAGACCUGACGACGAUGAGAUACAGAACCUUUUGACGGAAAAGGAGGAGUUGGAGUACAACAUCAGAAUUUUGAACGAGAAGCUCGAUUCCGCUCUCUUGGACUCCAAUGCUAAACAUAGUCUUGCCACAAAUCAUGCCAAAACAGCAAAAGAAGCCAUGGAAGGCCGGGAGAGGGCAGAAGCAAGAGGAAAGUCUCUGAAGCAAGAACUGGACGAGGCUUUACAGGAGAGAGCUGCGGGGGAGGAGAGAUCAACGCAGCUGGAUGCCGCUCUAAAGGAGUGUAUGCAACAGCUCCGCUUUGUGAGAGAAGAGCAGGAGAGGAGGAUUCACGAUGCAGUGACCAAAGCUUCCAUGGAGUUUGACGAGUCUCGAAUGAUCCUCGAAGAAAAACUGGCCGAGACGGGCAAAAGGCUUGCUAAGCUCGGGGUUGAGAAUACUCAGCUCAGCAAAGCUCUAUUGGCGAAGGAGAAGACGAUCGAAGAGCUGAGUAAGCAGAAGGCUCAGCUGGAAUCCGACUUGAAAGAUCUAAGCGUCAGCUUGGAGUUCACGGAGAAGGACAACGGUUCUCUCAAGUAUGAGGUUAGGGUUUUGGAGAAGGAGCUGGAGAUUCGGAAUGAGGAGAGGGAAUUCAGCAGAAGGACGGCUGAUGCGUCGCACAAGCAACAUCUGGAGAGCGUGAAGAAGAUUGCAAAGUUGGAAUCGGAAUGCCAGAGGCUGCGCCUCCUUGUCCGGAAGAGACUGCCAGGCCCGGCUUCCAUGGCGAAAAUGAGGAGUGAGGCGGAAAUCCUGGGGAGGGAUUCAGUUGAAUCGAGGAGGAGAAGGUCAGUUACUGGUUCUGGUUUGAUAAUGGAUGAUUACGCUGAUGAAAAGUCGGCCACCAAAGCCAUUAACAAUUUGACUGAGCAGUUGAGUGCUGUGGAAGAACAGAACAAGGCUCUCGUUGAAGCACUCGGUAAAAAGGAGAGCGAGCUUCAAUCUUCUAGAGCUAUGUUUGCUCGUGCAGCUUCCAGAUUAUCACCACCGGUCGACUCGCGCAUUUAUGAAUCGCCCAAGUGGCGAACAUCCUUGGAGCUCUCAAAGCUGGGUCUUGUGCCCCAUGAUAUCUCACUAAGCUCGGUGUCUGAAGCUGGUAGUGAUGAUAAGGUUAGCUCUGCUGAAUCUUGGCCUUGUGCCUUGACUUCAGAACCGGAACACUCCAAGCAUGGUAAAAAGAAUGGCUCAUUGUCCAGAAAAAGUAUUGGUGCUCCGGACAUGGAUCUGAUGGAUGAUUUUGCUGAAAUGGAAAGACUUGCAAUCGUCUCAGUGGAUAAGCAGCAGCCUGGAAGUCCUCAACUUUCUUCUAGCAAUAGCAGUGCAGUGAUUAGCCCCUUCAAACCCGAUCUUAUCGAAAGGGUAACUGGAAUGGAGAUUGUUCCAGUAUUGGAUUCUGGUUUAAGGCAAUCCAGUGAUACUCCAAGUGCGAAAGCUCCUGAUUGGCUUCAGGAAAUUCUUAAACUGGUGCGGGAGCAAAACCGAGUCACAAAGAGAAAGCCUGAUGAAAUUCUGGAGGACAUAAGAGUAGCUUUGGCAAAUGUAGAGACUAUAAGUCCCACUAAAGAUGCUGAUGGUACUCCAGUGAACUCUUCCACUCCCAUUAGUGGAUAUCUCUUAUGGAAAUCCAAAGAUAAAACUGAUACCACUGACUUUAAUGGUGCAGCAAAUGACAUUGAUGUCCCUCAUUCUGAACUGGGAAAGUCUGUGUCAAAGAUAUUAGAGCUGGUAGAAGGUAUUGCUAGACAGAAUCCAGGCUACACCGAUAACUCCGAGUCCGUGUCAAGCAAGGAUUCUAGUUCUUUUCCUUAUAAGACUACAGAUAUGACAAUGGGUUACACGGUCCGUGUUUUCCAGUGGAAAACCUCUGAGCUGAGUGCUGUAUUGCAGCAAUUUAUUCAUGUAUGCUAUGAUCUGUUGAGCGACAAAUGUAACAUGACCAAGUUUGCUCAGGAACUCAUGUCUGCUCUUGACUGGAUCAUAAACCAUUGCUUCUCACUUCAAGAUGUGUCAAGCAUGAAGGAAGCAAUAAAAAAGCAUUUUGAUUGGGAUUCGAAAAGCGAAUGUGAUCACAGAGAGGUUGGCAUUAUCGGCAAUGAGAAGGAUGAAGGCAAGAAGUUCAACUCAGGCUUGGCUGAUAUGAUAACUGCCAAGGAUGCCUUGGAAGAAAGACUGAAGUCAGCGACUGAGAAGAGUGAAUCUUUGAAGCUUCAAGUUCAGGAAUCAGAGAAAACCAGUGCAAGCUUGCAAUCGGAGCUUGAUAAUGUAGGAGGAUCGAGGGGAUCUAUUGAGAAUCAAAUUGAGGCUCAUAGGGUGAUGAAAGAAGAUCUUGAUACUCAACUAGUGAUGGCCAAGGCAGAACUAAGUGAGGCUCGCCGAAAGCUUUCUUCCUUGGAAGUGGAACUGGAUAACAGAAAUAGCUGCUGCGAGGAUUUGGAGGCCACUUGUGUUGACUUGCAACUCCAACUUGAAAGUGUGACAGAGAACACGACCCCUAAAAGUGAAGUCCAUCCUGAAGAUCAGCUUCGAACUAAUUGGGAGAUAGCAGCAGCUUCAGAAAAGUUGGCAGAGUGCCAAGAGACCAUCCUGAACCUGGGGAAGCAGCUGAAGGCAUUAGCUUCACCAAACGACGCUGCUAUAAUCGACAAGGUCGUCUCUAAGCCAGACGAAGUAAAUACAACCCCCAACACUGCCACUGGCGCCACACCCAGGGCAACGUUGACGAAUCAGAGGUCGUCGCUCUUAGACCGGAUGCUAGCAGAGGACAGUGUUAAAGCCACAGCUACCGCAGCAUCCGAACCCUUAGAAAAGACCCUCAAUUUGAACAAAAGCAAACACCACAACGACAAUGAUGGUGUUACCGUUAACAGCCUGGCCAUUGUGCCUGGCCGGAAACAUGGAAUCGGAGGGCUGUGGAGGAAGUUGCUAAGGAAGAAGAAAAAAUCCGCCGCUGGCCAGAAACCACCCAUUGCAUUCCCCAAGUGAUUUCUCUACCCCUUGCAGAGAUGGAGUUGCCUUUAUUUUCUUCUUUGGCUUGUUUGGCCUGAGCUUUGUGCAUUGCUUCUGUAGAUAUACGAACAUUGA